ACUGGUAUAUAAGCCCCGAUAAUACACAAAAGUCGUUUGUACGACAAUUACAACAGACUCAACUCAAUCACACUAGAAAGAAGAACAUAUUAGUUUUAAUUUAUCGAUUUCAAGACUGUCGCUGCUUAAUCACCAGAAUGACGACAUUGAUUAAACUCAGUAACGAGACUUAUUCCUCUAAAGCAUCAUCAGAUGAGCGGUUUGCAAACUUCAGUUUUUCACCGAAAGCUACAGGAGGAACCAUGGUUGUUUUUAAAGGCCUUAUGUCAUUGGUUAAUCCAAUUGGAGCUGAUCCAAUCAAAGCUGCUGUUAAGUUUUAUCGCAAUAACAAUGACAAAGCAGCAGUCGGUAUAUGGAACCAGAGAGCGGUAACUUACGUCAGGAGUGCAGCCAUUGGAGAGAAUUUUGCUGCAGACUUUAAAAACAUUAUUUUCCCCCAAUGUUUUAUGACCACGAUGGAAACGGUAUCAACAUUUAAUAAACAAUUCAAGAUGUCAGACGGCCAUCACCGGAAGCUGAGGAAAAACGAGCUCGCUAUAUUCGAAAGUUACAUCGAUGGCUGUUUCCAAUCAUUUAUUGAUGAAAACGGUACUAUUCAAGAUAUGUGCCCUGAGCAGUUGGAAGCGUUUUGUCAUUACAGCUACCACGAGUCACGUGGUAAAAUGAUAAUCACUGGCUUAAAAGGCGUCCACACAAAUGGCAAGUUUCAGUUAACUGCUCCUAGGAUUCACACGACGAAAGGUACUUUUGGGCCGGAUGACUGCGGCCAGGAAGCCGUUUUCAAGUUCUUUCUUAGACACACAUGUAAAAGUAGUUGCGAAGCCAAUUGGCGCCAUCCCCUCUCCGCUCCACCCGCUCUAGACAUGGGACGAAUAAACAACAUUCUGUCAACCAAUCAGAAAAGAGGCUCAGCAACGCCCCCGCCGUCCUACAAAUCAGUAAUUCAACUUGUUUGCGGAAACCACUGCCAUCGAUUUCGGAUGGGAGAUAACUCCAUUGUGGUGUUACCGGAACAUUAUCGCCAACAGUCACAAACCGGAAGUGAUGCUGUUAGUUCCCUUCAGUGCGGAUAAGAACAUAUUCUGGACAGUGUCAAAAUAAUUCUUAACUUUUUUUAUAGGAGCGUGGACUCGGUAACCAUAAUAUGUAUGUUUUGUGUUGAAGUAUGACUACAAUUCUAUGACGCGUUUAUUUCGAAAUAUAACUUAAUUAAACAUUAUACUAUACUUAAAAAAGAAGAAGAUCUACUUAUAAAAUCAGCUUUUAAUGACAUGAAAAUGUUAACCGUUUUACUUAACAUGAAUCAUUUUAAUUAUUGUAUAGCUUGACAUUAUUUGUGUGCGCGAGGGUGUAUGUAAAAUGAUAUACAUUUAUAUUGUGGAAGUUUUAAGUGGCAUGGAAACAUGUUAAUUGCAUAUCUGUUAAACUAACGUGUAACAAAUAUCGUAAAAUGUCCUGAUUUCUUAUCAAUUCCUUUAUUUUGAUAACUUAUCUAUAUUUAUUAUAUCAACUUACAGCAAUAUAGAGUAUAUCGUAUUUCAUUGUGAUGAUAUGCCAUUCACUUAACGUAAUAAAAACGUAAACAAUUUAA